CAUUCGGGAGUAAUAGACAGUGAGUUUGUGAACACACGUGUGUUAACACAAACACAAUUGUAUUGAUUUUGAUAUCAUUUUGUUUAGCUUUUAGUUAAUUGUUAAUUGAUUUCAUCACUCGAUUGUAAUCACAAAACACAAUACAAAUCAACACAAAUGUAAACAAUUAAUUAAUUGAUUGAUUAUUUGAUACAUUAAUCCCAGUAUUUAAUAAACUCUUCAUUGAAUUGCUGUCCAAUUGAUUGAUUUGUUUUGAUUGACUGCUAUUUAAACACCUAUUGAUUGAUUGUUUGCCGGAUUUAGACUCACUUUCUGGACGACCACUCGUUGCCGGCGGCGAAGACUUGGAUAGUGUGGCCGAAGAGGUCUGACAUUUAGAGAUAACACCAGAAGUUAUGAUAUCAAAGACGGCGUUAGGAGUGGCGGCCGGAGUGGUCGGUGUCGUCGCCUAUUGUGUAUACUUUGACCGCAAACGCCGAGCGGAUCCAGACUUUAAGAAGAAACUGCGCGAAAAGCGAAAAAUGGCGGCAAAGGCUCGCGAGUCCGGCGACCACUUGUCGAUGGAUAUACCGGAUCUGCGCGACUACGAGGCUGUCCAGCAGUUCUUUAUCAAAGAGGUCCAAUUGGGCGAAGAACUACUCGCCGCCGGCGACAUCGAGACCGGAAUCGAGCACUUGAGUAAUGCGGUGGCCGUUUGCGGACAACCGCAACAACUUCUUCAGGUUCUGCAACAGACACUUCCACCGCAAGUGUUCAAUCUGUUGCUCCAGAGACUGCCUGUCGUCAGUCAGAAAUUGGCUAAAUCUAUGGGCGGCGGCGCUACUGGACCCGAGCCGCCGAUGUCGGCCACCAUUACGGAAGCGAUGGCUGAAGAAGACGUUGAAUAAGAUAUUAGUGGAUAAUUUUUUUAAUACUAGCGUUUUUCAUAUGAUUUUUCUUUACAUUUUAAAAACUUUUCGA